UGCUAAACAUUUACUAAGAGAAUUUUUUUUUAAAAAAAAGCAAGUAUAUUCCAUUUUAUUCUAUCGCUGUUCUAGGUAAUCAGUCAAAAAUUUUGUAAGCACCAAAAAAUUCACCCUCUAUAAUAAGUAGAUAUUAGAAUUCAGAAGCAGAAAAGCUCCUCCAAAAUUGAGUGAGCGAUAGAACAAUGUCAGGCCCAGAAUGCUGCUCAAACCCACCAACUCUUAAUCCCACCGGAGGCGCCGGCCACGUUGACAACCUCGCCGGUCUCCGCACCUAUUUCAAUGGCUCCCCUCACUCCAACCGCGCCCUUCUCCUUGUCUCCGAUAUUUAUGGAUUUGAAGCCCCAAAUUUAAGGAAACUUGCUGACAAGGUUGCAGCUGCUGGCUAUUAUGUGGUCGUUCCUGAUUUCUUCCAUGGUGAUCCCUAUAAUCCUGACAAUUCUGCCAGGCCUUUACCUGUUUGGUUGAAAGAUAAUGGAGCGGACAAAGGAUUUGAAGCUUCGAAACCCUUGAUUGAAGCAUUAAAAGCUAAAGGUGUGUCUGCUAUUGGGGCUGUUGGAUUUUGUUGGGGUGCUAAAGUUGUGGUUGAACUCGCAAAAAACAGACUUAUCCAGGGUGCUGUGCUGUUACAUCCUUCAUUUGUCACUCUAGAUGACAUCAAGGGUGUUGAUAUACCAAUUGCUGUACUUGGAGCUGAGAUUGACAAAAUGUCUCCUCCAGAGCUUCUAAAACAAUUUGAAGAAGUGCUUGCUGCUAAACCUGGGGUUGCGAGUUAUGUGAAAGUGUUUCCCAAAGUAUCACAUGGUUGGAGUGUGAGGUACGACACCGAAGAUGCAGUGGCCGUGAAGGCUGCAGAGGAAGCCCAUCAGGAUUUGCUUGUCUGGUUUGAUAAACAUCUCAAGUGAGAAAAUAAUUAAAUCUCACAUCAUUCUGUGAAGAAACUUAUAAUGGAUUUAUAAUGCUGCUCCUCAUUUCUCAUAGCACUAGUUUACUAUAAAAAAUAAAUGCUUAGUAUUAUAGUGUAUUGUGGAACAUGCAUCAUCAUGUUGCUACAUUUAUGUACCUAUAUUUAGCUUUCAUGAAUUA